AUGUCAGAAGCAACUGCUUCCAAUAUCUCGACACACUACUACAAGUUGGGUCAUUUGGGCACAGUAUCAUUCUACAACUACGUUUCAUUCACAGACAACGACCAGUCGCUUCUAGAGCUUGAAUUGCUGAUCAGAUACGCCCAUCCUAACAUCCUUGUCACGUACUACAACAAAAGCUUGUACUACUUCACUUUCGGCCACAAUAAUGUGCCAUUGGAGACUGUCUCCCGAGAUAUAGAGCUCCCAGAUCUAGCCAAAGAUAUCAAUACAGAUGUGGAUCUCAGCAAAGAUGUCACUGGCCCGAAUCCUGGAGCAAACAAUUCGCCUUCAUUGCUAGCCAAUCCGCCGAAAUCUGCUUCUUCUGGCUCCACUCUAGGAGCUGCAGUGGACGAAUACUUACCGUUUGCCAGCUUGAGCCUUCUUAAGUCGAUCAAGAAGAUGAUUCUCUUCAACUUGUCGAAGAAUGGCGCUAUAAAACUCUUUGGAAACUACUGUGUAGUUGCCAGAGAUACUAUAAACAGAUCAAUCUUGUAUCUCGACCCCAUAUUAUUUCCCAACGGAGAUCUUUUGUUGUCGAUGGUGGUGAAGGAAAGAAUCAAUCUCUUGGAUUCCAGCAUAAUAGAUCUCAAGUAUCCUUCGCAAGAUGCUCCAGACAUAAACUUCGUCAUAUACCUCAUUCCUAGUGGAAUACGGUGUCAUCUAUUUGACCCUACCAAUCUCGUGAGGAACUUUGUAAGGAAAAAAAGCGCGGAAAGUGAAAAUCUCAUCGACCUCAUCAAGCUCAGCACUGGGGUAGAAUACUCCUUCAAUUCAGAAGAGGAAAACGUAUGGAUAAAAUUGAUUCCCAACUUGAAACAUUUGAACAACCAGACCUCGACCAUAGCCAAAUUCAUCCAUUCUGUAGACAACAAGAAGUUCAUACUAUGGCCAUGGAAAUUGUGUCUUUUGCAGUUUGGAAAGUUCGAAGAAGUUGAUGAAAUAACGUCGCCGGAUGUUACUUCAUCACAAGUUCAUCCUACGAGCAACCCCUUGGACUUGAUUGGUGAUUUGAUAGACUUCAAUAUUUCUAGCAACCAGCACCACAACUUCGCUCAGCCUUCACAGACACUUCCUUUCAGCAUUUCCAGCGUAGCCUCUACAGGGGGUGAUGCCGGAAUCGGAUCUGUAGAUCCUCACACAACUAUGGAACAACAGCCUCAUACACUUGAUUUGAACGAUAUAACGACACAUAUGGUCCCAGACCUAUUUGAUCUCCAAAAUCCUGUUCCCUCUGAGUUUUUUACAAAGGAAGUACAAGACAUGCCACCGGUUGAUGGUACUGAAGUGAAAGAAGAUACCAACCAGGAUGACGUGGAAAUGGAUGACCUUUUCGGGGGCAGCGAUGACGAAGGAGACGAUAGUCGCAAUGGUCAGAACUCAUCAAAGGAAGAUCUAUUCUCAGAUGCCAUUAAGGAAGAGCCCAAGGAUGCACUUGCUGCUGGUACUCCGGCCGAGUUAGAAAAGAACCAGUUAAACGAUCUUUUUGAUAUCUCUGACAAAGAAGCAGCGCCAGACUCAGGAAAGUAUUCGACUCCUGCAAAGGAACCAAAGUUUAAGUACUUGGAUAUUCCUAAAGACCAAAUGACAAUCAAGAAGCUGUCUUCACCAGAUUAUAACGAUCCAGGUGCUCCUCUUCCUAUAAUGCCUACUCCUAUUAUCCCAGUUGCCAAUUCUGUAUAUUCUACCAAUCCACCGACAGCUGCUGCUAUUGGUACAGAAGGGGUUGGACUUUCAGAUGACCAACUGUCUGGCCCCUACAAUCAACCACAGCCCAAACAAGAAAUAUUCAACCUGGGCAGCCUGGCGCUGCAGAUACAGCAGAAGUCUAUUUUUUCACCGAUUCUAUUCAACCCAAUAAUCAAAAGUAACAUCGAUACCAAGUACGGUAAAGGAGGCAAAUUUUACGUUGAUAAGGAAGCCUCUAUAGGACCAGAAGAAAAGAAGAAGAAAACCUUCAGGGAAACUAGUGUUAGUGGAUACGAGCUUCCACUUACAAAGGAGGAAGACAAACUUCCAAUUACUGCACAAGCAGUGGGACUACGCAAAAUGAAUAAUUCCUCCCUUUCGUUAGCUGAAAGUUCAAUGUCGGCUUCCAGUGAGGAAAGUGACGAAGACGAAGAAAUGCCUGAUGUUAUUUCGAAUUCUCCUCCUUUGAGGUUAAACACAUUCAAUGAUUCAUUUGGUGGAGUUCCUAUGGGUAAUUCAGGUGGAAUUACUUUAAACAACAACCCUAUUAACCUCAGCAACUAUAAUACUGGUGGCUUUGGAUCUCCUAACUCUUCUGUCAUAGGUAGAUUUCCCAACAUUAAAGGGGAAUCUCCUUUUUCCACAGCAGACCUUCAGCAAACAGUAUCUCCAAUAGAUUAUGAACAAUCCAAUAACCAACAUACUCCCCUGUUUCCGACUUCACAAGGUUUGCAAAUCACGCAGUCAGUGAACAAUGGAAGUGGUCGAACAUCAUCAUCUGACGAAUCUCCUGUUAAAGGUAUUCUGGAAUCAUCAAAUUAUUUGCCGCUCAUUUUGAGAAGCAUCAAUGUCUCUACUAUUCCUGAUAUUUAUUUACUAAACAACUUGAUAAGUGAUCAACUUCUUCCAAGUUUCACCAUCAACGACGACGACAACGACAACGAUCUCGAAGUUAUGAGAAACAACGAAAUGUUCAUAAAAGCGAAGCACCUUGACGAAUUUCUAGAGCUUAUUGGACCAAAUUUGGUAUUUGACCUAGGUUUCAAUCAAGGCAGAUCGAAGCUAAGUUACUACAUGGACGAGUUGGUGAAAUCUAAAUUGGAAGAGAACAAAGUCUUCCCCAAUUCAUAUAAGGUUAAUCUUAUUGAAUUUCUUAACGACCAAAAAGACUAUGAGAGCAAAGACGAAUUAGAAGACCAACUAGACUUUCUUGACGAUAUUGCCAACGAUGAUGAUAAUAUACUCAAUCCCAAAUCACAAUAUAAGAAGUUGAAGUCUAUUGAAUGGGAUGCUCUUACAGAAAACACCAAAAAUAAGGAGAACUUUGAAAAGUACAAGUUAAUUGUCAAUAAAUUGAACUCCAGUGUUUCUACUAAGGACGAAGUAUACUUCAAACUUCCAAUAAUAAAGGCAAGGGUGUUGAAGCACAAUAAUAUCCUUAACUUAAACAACUUAGCCAUUAACUUUUGGAAGUAUAUGAACUUCAGUCCUAUAAAAUCGACUAAGCAUUUCCAAGUUUUGCUCAUCAGUGAAAACAAUGGAAACGGAACUUCUUUCUUGAGAGAAUUUUUGGACUUGUUGAUAUAUAACUACAAAGAGUGCAAUUUGGGACAUAUAUCCAAGGUCAAUUUAUCUACAGUAGAAACUAGACCCGAUCUUGAAAAUAUUAAUGAUGGCAUCUUACUUGUGAAUAAAGACAACGACCAAACAUACAACGAUACAUACAGUCAAAUCAACAAGAAGUUGAACUCUUUGGUUGAGUUGAUCAAAUUGGAUUUGAUUAACAAAACCAAUAACUUCGAAUUUGAUCGUCCAUUGCUAUUAUUGUUUGUGAAUUACAAUGACAAUCUUAAUUCGACUUUACAAAUCUCAAAGGUUUUCCGGAAUCUUAAGGUUAGUCUUACCAACCAUCAGUUGCCAUUGGUGCUGAUUUUUACCAAAAUCAUCCCUGGGUCGUUAAUAGUCAAACAAGACCCCUUUCAGAACUGGUUGAAGGUGUUAUCGAACUUCAAGUUAUCAAAAUUGUCUAUGAACCUAUACAACCAAUGUCCAAAUGGUUCUACCAACAAGGACAUAGUGAAAAACACAUUCACGCAAUUAGUGAAAGAACCACCGUCGAGAAUUCAGUUCAAGUUCAUGAGCAAUAAUUUCAAGCACAGUAAUUUCAACGAUGACAUCUUCCUUCAUCUAGCAUACGAGAGAUCUAUCGAUCGUAAUUGGUUUUCAGCUGCCUGGUCUGAUCCGUUGGGGGUAGUCACAUUCACCAAGUCCUGGUAUUGUUCUAACAAAGCCACUAGGAAUGGUUCAGGUGGGUACGGAAGAGAUACACACGAUGUAGCCACUGUUUGUGAGGAGAUUUGGAACAAGUCCAAUGAGCUCUUCAAGAAGUUGAACGAUGAGAUGAACAACGAGUCAAGCACUAUGGGAGGAAAGAAGUUUCUUGUUUUGACCAGAAUUAACAGUAUUAUUCCUGAUGAUGAAUUGAUCCAUUGGAAGAGGUUGAGUGUCAAACAUAAGGAUAUUUCUUUGAUCGUAUUGUCGGUUAGUCACUCUCCUAAGUUGAUUUUUCAAGACAAUCGACCUCGCUUUGAAGAUACAGAAAAUUGUGGCCAACUAGACAAUUUCUUCAAGGUCUUCUCUGGUUCAAAUAACUCUUCUCCUACGACAGGUGGAGCUUUGGUGACUUCGCCCAAUGUUCUCAGUUUCCAUUCACCUCAGCAGUUUCUCAAUGCUCCUGGCAACUUUUUGUCACCACAGGAUUUUGUUUCUACUGCUGGUGGGGCUGGAGCAGGAGCGACGUCAGCACCCCACGGCGGUUCAAAUAACCCAGACCUUAUUCUCCAUGAUUUCGGCACCGACGUAAUUGGGAUCAUUCCCAAAGUUCCUCUUCCUUCGUUCAACUCUCCUACAAGGUUGGGGAUGAAGAUUGGGUAUCUAUUAAAGGAAUGGAUGAAUGGCAGUAGAAGCACAAGCAGACCUCGCAGAUCGUACUUAGUGUACGAAGUUAGUUUGUUGAGUUGCUCCAACUACUGGGACUUGGAUGUGUUGAUGAAGUUGAUUCUCAACCACUACAAGAACUUGAUUGUGUUGAAUGACAUUUUGGGGUUGCGAAAAAUCGACGGAAACAUCUCCAAGAACGAAAGCGAAGACGACUUUGAACAGAGUUUGGAAUUCGAAGCUAGCGGCAUUGUCCCCUGGCACAUUUCUGCAGUUGGCAAGUCUUUAGUGUAUUUGAGCCAUAUCUACGUCGACGAAUAGGUUAGACAGAGCAGCAAGAGUAAUUGACAUGAACGCAUAGAGUAACACGAGAAGAGUAGUACAAUAUAGAUCAAUGAGAUUAGUAAACAAGUAACAUCAC